AACUUGAUAUUUUAAGUGGCUAUUCUUUUACAAAGAAGCACACAAUGCACUAUAACAUUUGUUACCAUUUAUUUUUCAGGACUCAGGAUGCAACUCAGAAGUUGCAACCAUGUGGAUAUUAGUGUAAGCUCCAGGUUGUCAAAAGUCUUUGGGCAAGACACCGUCACUGGCCCACUCCUGCAGCGAGUCUGCCUUCUCACUGCUAUUGUCACCAGCUCAUCUACUUCCUCAUCUCUGCUGCUUGCUUGAUAGGUAGAGGCAGUGAGUGAGCAGCAGUUACUUAUACUGCUCUUCUUUCUCACUACUGUUGUUGCCUGGACCAGAGAGAAAGGCGGUUGAACAACUAUGUCACAAUGGUGAAGAGAAAGACCAACUCCAGACAGCUCCAGUUAAUGGACCCUUGCUAAGGUGUUGGUUGUUGACUUGACCCAGCCUAAGCAGGACAACUCCAGAUGAGGCUUCGUCAUUAUAAAAAUUGGGAAUACGUCCACCUCUUCGUUGGACAAGGUACUUCAAGGCAAAUAAAUGGCGAUCAAAUCCUUGGCCUGAAUAAAAAGAGGACAAAUGCAUGGAAUAGAGAGAGUAGAGAAGGGAUUGCUGAAUAGGACAUUGGCGGAACCACCCCAGAAACACUGAAAAUAUGACUGGGCGAAUGAAACUGCCUCAGGAAAUGGAGGAAGAAUAAACCCAAGAGGUUUUGGAUGUAUAAUGCAACUACCCUUUGCAAGAUCUCUAGCCACCUUGCUUUUCUGCUUUUGGAUUUAAGAUCAUGUCUGUUCACAUUGUAGCCUUUGGAAAUGAAAGAGGUGGCUUUUCAGAAGAUGAUCAGCAGAGGAGUCUGAUCUGGACCUAUCUUGGGAGAAGUGCUCUUGUUUCAGAGACAGAUAGCAGUUUGUUGCUGAACUCUGCCAACUACCUUAGAAAUCCUGCAUUCACCGAGUAUCAUGCCUGUGUGUUUGGAAAUGUCAGACUGGUGAUACAUGACUGUCCUCUCUGGGAUAUUUUUGAAAGUGAUUGGUAUACUUCUCGGAACCUUAUUGGAGAAGCAGAUAUCAUUGUGAUUAAAUACUCUGUGAAUGACAAGUCUUCAUUUCAAGAAGUGAAGGACAUUUAUGCACCACUGAUAAAAAAAGCAUUAACCAAGUGUUCAGUUCCAGUCAUAAUUUCUGCUGUUGGUGUAAGACAAAACGAAGUUCCCUGCACUUGUCCUUUGUGUAUCUCAGACAGAGGGAGUUGUGUUACAGCUUCUGAAGGGAUUCAACUUGCUAAAGAACUGGGAGCUACUUACUUGGAAUUACACAGCCUAAAUGAUUUCUACAUAGGAAAAUAUUUUGGAGGUGUGCUGGAAUAUUUUAUGAUACAAAGCUUAAAUCAGAAGUCAUCUGAAAAAAUGAAGAAAAGGAAAAAAAGCCAUAAGUGCCAUGAGGUUAAGCCACCUCAACUUGAUCAGCCAGAAAAAAUGCCAAUCUUAAAAGGUGAAGCUUCUCAUUACGACUCUGAUUUACAUAACCUGUUGUUCUGCUGCCAGUGUGUGGAUGUGAUAUUUUAUUCUGAAGACUUGAAGGAGGUAGCAGAAGCUCACAGGAUUGUUUUGUGCUCUAUCAGUCAUGUCUUCAUGUUACUCUUCAAUGUGAAGAGCCCAGCUGACAUUCAGGAUUCCUCUAUCAUUAGGACUGCUCAGACCCUUUUUGCAGCAAACCAGGAAGCUGUGUUUCCUAUUUUAAAUCAUGGCUCAUCUUGCAAUUCACCAGUAAGAGUUAUUGUUAAAGACUCUUCCUUCUGUACUUGUUUCUCAGACAUUCUGCACUUCAUGUAUUCAGGUGCUUUUCAGUGGGAAUCAUUGGAAGAACAUAUAAAAAAGAAGUUGAAAAAUUCUGCAAAUGUUGAGCUUGUUCUUGAAAGAGUAAAAUGUAUCUUGAAAAUUCCGGGAAAGAUUAACAGCUCAUGGAACUGCAGGUCAUAUUUGUCAAAAAGACCUUUGCAGUUAUGUAACAGCUCUCUCAGGCUUUUCUUUAACACAACUGUGUUAGCAGAUGUCAUGUUCAAAAUACAAGAUGCUACUGUGCCAGCUCACAGAGCAGUCCUGGUGGCUCGCUGUGAGGUAAUGGCAGCUAUGUUUAAUGGUAAUUACAUAGAAUCUAAUAGCUUUCUGGUUCCAGUUUAUGGGAUUUCAAAAGACACUUUCCUGUCCUUUCUUGAGUAUCUGUAUACUGACUCAUGUUGUCCAGCCAGCAUUCUGCAAGCCAUGGCACUCUUGAUAUGUGCUGAGAUGUACCAGGUAUCAAGGCUCCAGCACAUCUGUGAACUUUAUAUCAUCACACAGCUCCAAAGUAUGCCUAGUAGGGAAUUGGCAUCAACAAGUCUUAGUGUUGUCAGCUUGCUUCGAAAAGCAAAGUUUCAUAAUUCUGAUUGCCUUUCAAAUUGGCUGCUUCAUUUUAUUGCUUCUAAUUACCUAAUUUUCAGUCAAAAACCUGAGUUUGAAGACCUAUCAGUGGAAGAACGCAAUUUUGUUGAGAUGCAUAGAUGGCCUUCUAGUGUGUACCUGAAACAGCUUGCAGAGUACAGGAACUACAUUCAUUCUCGGAAAUGCCAUUGUCUAGUAAUGUAAACUGAAAACUUGAUCCUUCUUCAUUUAUGAAGAGUCACAGAAUGGCUAUUGCUUGAGGAAUCUUUCAGCUUCAUAAGAAUGAAAGAAAAUACUGAGGUUAAGUCCUGUGAAAAAAGCUAUAUAGUAGCUUCCAUGCUAAUGAAUACUGUACUUUUUAAAAGCAUGUGAAACAAGUUGUAGGUCAGCAUAAACAUUUGUCAAUUGUGCUAUUGGGUCUGGGAUAUUUAUUAAUAGGAGGAUGGAAAUCUUGUCAGCCUCUGUGAUUGACAUUCUAAGAAUCCAAAGAAGAGAGAUUUCAUUUAACCCACUUUUUGUUUGCUAGUUGGUUCUGUUUAAGAUUUCUGUAAUUUAUUUAUGGGCCUGAAGAAUUUUGUAAGAAAAAUCCUCCAGACAUCAGCUCAACACAGUCCAGGGGACCUGGUAUUAAUGUUUUUGAGGUGUUUAAUAAAACAAAAUAGUGCCAACCAUUUUUUUGGCUUAUUCCUAUCUUGCAAGGGAUGACUGAGUCAUUAUGUCCUUUUACAAAUAUGUUUUCAGAAUGAUUUAAGUCAAGAGAGGAUGACUGAAACAUCAGAGUUCUUUAACAACACUAAAUACCUAGAUGACAAAUUAUGACCUAAUGUUUUCCACAUAAUUACUUAACAGAAAUUAUUUUUAAGAAGUGUAUGUGAAGGGAAACAGAUUUACAAAAGUAUCUGUUUCUUGAAAUCAGCAAAGUGCAUAACUGCCCUUACAUGUAGGGGGCUGGGUAUGCCAGUUUGGCGAAUGGGAAAAAAAAAUCAGCCAUCCAGGACUUGAUUCUUUAUAAGUGUGCCAUCCCAUACUAUGGACACUUGGUUAAGAGUGGGGGACUAAAUUUUUCCCAUGUUUGCAGAAAGGGCUCUUCAAGGUGUUGCAGGCAAAACUUGGAGUGGCAGAGUUGCAGUGGUCUAGUGUAAUUCAUUGGCCCGGUCCAGGUGCCACAUCUCCACUGUCUUCCAGUUUCUAGGCUGGAUAUCUGAAGUAUGACAUACAUCUGCAGCUUCAGGACAGCUUCAGGAAUUCUGUUGGUAUACUCACCAACAAUCGCUUGUGCUGAGCUAGCGAAAGUGGUCUUGGUGAUACAGUCUCGCCAUUUACUUCUGCAGGGGGACUUCUAGCAUACGCACUAUGGUAGCCUUGUUAGGAGUGACUUUAGACUUCUUGCCCCAGUUACUACUUGGCCCCACUCAUUCAGCAGGGCAUUCUUUGGAUUUGGCUUUCUCUGUAGGAUGAGAGGAUGAUGAUCUGGAGGUGGAGGAUCUUACUAUGUUUAUGGGAUUUAGACUUGCUGUAGAAACUUCAAAUUUCUACAGGGGAGCAAUUAAGAUGGUCCAAGAGACUGAUGGAUCUGGAUGACUUUCUGAUGAGUUUGGGGGAUUUUCCCAUCACCUCUGCAGCAGUUUCACUAAUCUUAAUUAAUCACUGGUAGAAACAAAUGACUGGGGUAGUUGACAUGAUUUUUGCUGAGCUUUCUCUCCAGUUGAAUGAUUUGGUUUUCCAGCAUAUGGCAGGGGUGGAAACAAGUUGACUAUCAACUAGAAAAGAUUGACAUGAAACUUGAAACACAGGCUAGAGCUCAUUUGAAAGCCUUCUCUGUAGCAAUGAGUGAAGAAAUUGCUACCUUUGUUUCUGCUUAGAGUAGCCCAGAGGAGGAUUGUUUCUCUCCCUUUUUUUAAAAGGUAUUCAGUGGCCUGUUACACUGUAGCCUGCAAGAAGAUGAAGUGCAGCAUGCUGUGAUCAAUUUGUGUGACACUUUGCAGAUAAAAUGGACUGUAUUUGUACCUGGCCAGAUGCCAUAGAGUGGAUUUCACUUUGGCUUCUGGUUGCCCAAUUCCAGUGAAAUCAUCCAAUUCCACUGGAUACAUUUCAAAUUGAAUGGCAGGAUCCUUGGAGAACUAAGGCCUACCGUUUGUGUGCUGGACUCUUGUGCUUCCCUACUUAGAAAAGCAGUUGGUGUGGGGACAUCCUGAUGAUGGCAGUGAUGAGAGCUUCUUUAUGGGAAGUUAUGAUUUCAUCUUUCCUAAAUGAAACAGGCAAAACUUUUGUUAAAAAAAAACCUUUCCCUCGUCCCCAUUCUGUUAUUUAAUUCUGGUUGAUCUCUAAUAUUCUAUUCUAAACCACAGUGCUAGAAUGUACAGUGGCUUUUCUACUCUAGGGAUUUUACAGUAAGAUCGAUCAAGUAUUGUUAUGGAACAGAGAAUGAUUUGGUUUUCUUGGUGGAUGAAUGUGGCAUUAGUUGCCUUAGUGAUGAGUGGGAGGGUGUUAGUUUUGUUGGUCCCUUUGGUAGCUUUUGAUACCAUAGCCAUGGUAUUCAUCUAGGGUAUCUGCCUGAGAGAGGAUUGGGAAGCACUGUUAUAUGGUGGCUCCUACCUUUCUUGGAGGGGUGAUCUCAGAAGGUGGUGCUGUGGGAUUCCUGAUGCCAUAGCAAUUGACCCUUUCCUCUCAGGGUUCCAUUUUAUCUCCCAUGCUAUUUAACAUACAAAUUAAACAAUAGGGAAAGUUUGUCCGGAAAGUUUGUCCAGAAAGUUUGGUGUUAGAUGCCACUGGUAUGUUUAUGACACCCACCUCUAUCUUUCCUUCUAAAUCUGAGGAAGCUGUUUGUGUUCUGUAUUCAUGCUUGAUGUCAGUAAUAGACUGGAUGAGGACAAACAAAUUGAACUUUAAUUGAAAGGCAGAUCAGAGAAAAGGGAUUCCAUCAGUAAUGGAGAGUGUUACACUCCCCCUGAAGGUUUCUGCUUACAGCUUGGGUGUGCUAUUGGACUCAGCCCUUAACCUGCAUGCCUAGAUGUCCAUGGUGGCUAGGAGCGCACAGCUGAGGAUAGCAUGCCAAUUGCACCUCUUCCUAGAGAUGGUUGAUCUGGUCAGUGUCACACAUGCCUUAGUUACAUCCUUUUUGGACUACUGUAACAUGUUCUAUAUGAGACUGCCUUUGAAAACUAUAUGGUUUGGGACCAUGCUACCUGAAAUACCACCUCCCCCUACAGAAGCCCUCCUGGUCUUCAAGAUCUUCUGGAGAGGCUUUUUUCAUCUUACUGCCAUUGGUGGUACAUUUGGUGACAACACGAGAGAUGGGAUUUUUGGUGGCUGCUCCCAGGCUGUGAAACUUUCUCCCAAGGGAGGCUAGAUUUGCUCCCUCUCUAUUGUCCUUCUGACAGCAGGCAAAGAUGGCUUUAUUAAAGAAGGCUUUAGACCUGUAAAUGGACCUGUGGUGAGGGUGCUGUUUUUUUGGUUUUUGGAGGGUUUUUUUUUUUUUUUUUGGUAAUUGGUAAGAAUUAUAUUUGAAUGUUUUUCCUUGUUGUCUAUUUUAAAUUGUUUUGUAAAUAUUUUGACUGCUAUUUCUUGGUAGAAAUAGAAAGGCAUGCUAAAGAAUCAAAUAAAUACUACAAACCUGCAAGGCAAUUGUCCCUGAACUGGGACUUGUCACUUAAAUUUUGGUGUUCUGGAGGCUGGGAUGGAGGGAGGCACCUUCUAGACAGAGAUACUGAUUCUGGACUUCAGGAUUUAAGGAGCUGGAACACUUUAUUCCACUCAGUUCCUUCUGUCAUUUCCUAUCGUGAAAGUUGAACUAACAAGCUCAGGUAGGGGCUGUGGGAUGCUAGCACCCAUCCCAAAUAUAUGGUGCCUUGGCUGACAUACCCUCCCCUCAGCCCUCAGUCAGUUUGUUGCAGAUAGGCCCUGCAUGCAGCCACACUGAAUUCAACCUGCAUGCUUCAGCUGUCCAGCACUCAGAGGGCUUCAUGCUUCCCCAUAAGGAAAGAGGUGCUUCCUGCCAUGCAAUGGCAGGCGCCUGCCAAGGUGAUAGCUUGUGUUGGUGUGGCACUUGAGCUCACCUAAAUCCACAAGCCCUGUGUUCACAUGUGCUGUAUUUUCCUCAUGCACAUGCAUGAUGUAGGAUUAUGCCCAAGUUACCUGAGAUGAGAUUUGAAUAGUAUUCUUACAGCCUGGAACCUAGACAUUGAGGCAAUGUACAACAUCAUUUUUCUUCCAUAACUCACAUAGAUUUCCAUGGCCCAUGUAAAUAAUGUUUUAUAUUAAAUUUUAAUGGUUUUUAAAAUGUGAAGCAUUUGUGGGGUUGCUAGAAACUGAUCUCUUGGAGUGAGAUUUUUUUAAGGAGGCAGUUUUAAAAAGUUUCUUUUUUUGUUUGACAUACCAAAAUUAAUGUGGAAGUGUAAAAAAUAUCCAUUACAAUUUGUACCUUUGUUUUAAUUAUAGAAUUGUAAAACUUUUAAAAAAAUCAAUAGGGCAAGCAUGACAUUAUCUUUAUAGACCAACAUCUCAUUAUUAAAGUACACAGAAUAGGUUUGAUUUCUGAUUGCACUCUUUUUCUUGCAUGUUUUAGAUACGAAUUCUGAAUAACUGCUGCAAAUCACAAAUAGAUUUGAUAAUGCAGUGAUUUGGGCUUAUACGCUUUGGGAAUAAUUUUUAAACACAAAUGUGUUUUUAAAAUUAAGGUUUAUGGCAAAUUAUCAGUUCACUUGGAAAUGGGUAGCCACACAUAGGUAUUUACUACAGAUUUAUAUUUUACUCUUAAAACUUAUAUCUCAGUGCAAGGCCUGAUUUUAUGGCCUGCUAGGGUGCAGUGAUGCUGUAAAACAGUAACUUCAUUAAACUUAAUGGGAAAAAAGCAGAACUACUAACUGUCCUACUGCAUGGCAAGAAUAAAAACCAGAAAUUUCUAGGGAAAAUAACUGAGGCUUUGUAGACCUAGAAAUCACUUGAGGUGCUCAUGGAUCUUCAUUCCAGUAAGGGAUGUUACCAGGUGAGCAUAUUUGAACAAGUUCGAAUUAGUUUAGCUUGGAAAAUAUCAAGGCCAUUAAAAUGUUGAUAGAACAGUGGAUUUUUAUUUUUGUGAGUAGUUACCUCAGACUCCUAGCUUGAUAUGCCAAAUGAGCCAUGACGAUGUGCUUACAAUUUUACCGACAUGCACAUGCAUUGUACCAUAAUAUUGUCAAUGAUAGUUAAAUCCUCUCCUCUCUUUCACAGGUAGGAUCAACUUGUAACUUCUCUUAUGUUUGCCGCGGGAGUUUCAUGAGCUAUUAAGAUGACAAUCUCAUGCCCAACGCCACAUUGAACUUAAUGGAAUUUAUUUCUGAGAUAGCAUGUACAGGAUUGCAGUGGUAGUUUACAACUUGUAGUAGCUUCUACAUUUCUAAUAGAUGCAUUAAUAAGCAGGUAUUAAUAAAUAGCAUUCUAGAGUGUUCACACAUUGAAGGGAUCACUUUAAAGUCUAUUUUUAUAAGACAAUGGUUUCCAAUAAUGUACAGUUAUAAUUUCUUAAAUAAAGUUGCAAAUAGUAGCAUGAAGGCAUAUAGAGAGGUCACCGUAAGAUCAUAGUAAGGAGGUUUGCUAUAGACUUGUUACAUGAAUAAGUGUGUGUAGCUAAAAGUAACUUUUAUGGCAUGUAUGUAAUAUGUAACAAUGCUUCCAACAGCUUAGUAGGUGGUUUAAAUUUACACAAUUAUCAAUGCACUGUUUAAUUUCUGGUAAUAAGACAAUAAAAAGUUUUUACUAUGA